UCCCGUCCCUAUCCUCCAUCCCUCUGACUGUCCGACUGGGUCUCCCUCAGUAGUGAGUCAUGAAGUGGUCUCUGUGGAGCCUGCUGCUGCUGCUGCGCCUGUGUCUCCCAGGACUGAGUGACUGCCAGGGGGACUGCCUGGCCUGUGGCCUCCUAAUACCCAACCCCCAGAGCCAGAGCCAGCAGCAAGCAUUCAACACACUGGUGUGUCUGUUGGAGUGUGACGGUCAAGUCUUCCCUGCCCUCACCUGGGAGCUAUGUCAGCGAGCCACGCUACAGCACUACCCCCUCCCACCAGACGGCGGCGCUGUGUCUAAGAGAGCAGAGGAAAAACGGUCCUUAAACCUGGGCCCUGUAGACCUGGAGUCAGAUGGCGAAAUGCUCUACUCUGCAGCCAUGGAGCGCUACCAGCAGGAUGGAGCGGAUCAGGAAGACGAGACCCUGGAGCGACGUGAUGCCCAGUACGACUCCUCUCCGCUGGGCUCGACCGGCGAGGGAGACUCCCUGGCAAUGGGUCUGGAGAACAGGGAGGAGGAAGAGAAUGAGGAGGAGGUCAGGAGGAACGGCCAGGGGGAGGGAGGAGAUGAGGAGGAGGAUGCCGUGGUCCAGCUGACCAAGCGUUUCGGGGGCUUCCUGAAAGGUCGCCACGGUUACAGGAAGUUGAUUGGCGGGCCCGUGGGGAAGACGCUGCAGAAACGCCUCGGAGGGUUCAUCGGGAUCAGGAAGUCGGCCAGGAAAUGGAACAACCAGAAGAGGGUGAGCCAGCUUCUCCGGCAGUACCUGGGGAUGACCAGCAGCAGGGCCCCUGGCCGCGGUGUUGGGAGGUUCACUAACCCAGCCCAGGGCGUCAGGAGGCUGCCCAGCCGGCUGUAGCCUUCCCUUCCCUCCAACCUCCUGGGGCCUCUCUGCUCUUCUCUUCUCCCUUCCCUCC